AUGCUCGACGCGCCUCUCUCAAACGGCGUACAUCACAUUAACGGUCACUCCACCCCCGACUCCCCUAUCGACUCUCCAGCGACCCCCGUCGACAAUUCCACAGCUCCCGACGUCAAGAUUGAUGUUGACUACACCGAAGGGGAGAGCGACGUGCGCCACGAGCCUAUGCCUCUGAAGCUCGACAAGCUCGACAACGCGUCUGUCCUACCGCAGGUUGGCACGCCUGCUGACCCAGCCACCAUCCCCAUCGAGCCUCCAAAGGGAACCCCGCCGCCGCCGCCAGGCCAACUCCUAGAGGAUGUGCGCGUGGCGGAGCAACAACCCUUGCCUACUACGGACAGUGAUGUUGUUAUGGCCGAUGCCGUCGAACACCCAUCGACGGCUCACGGUCUUCCUAACGGACACGCUCUAGAUUCCCCCGCUGCCACGCCUGUCUCCUCUAUACCCGCUGUAUCGUCCAGCGAAACUGCUGUCGACUCACUAGGAGCCACAUCUCCGUACCCUAAUAAUAAGCAUGCUAAUGAACAUGAUGAUGAUGAUGACCAUAAACCACCUGCUAAGAGAGCGCGGAAAUAUUCGGACGCAGACAAAGCUUCGCUGGCAAAUACUGGCACUCCACCUCCAGCGUCUGCAUCUCCCGACGUUGGGACUCAUGCUCCACUUCCCUCUACUACUACGUCCACGCUUAGUCCCGCGCAGUGGCGUUUUGCCACCUCAACCAUCCGCACCCUCAAGAAGGUCAAGGAGGCUGUACCCUUUUUGCACCCUGUGGAUACGGUGGGUCUCAACAUUCCGCAUUAUCCGACCAUCAUAAAGCACCCGAUGGAUUUCUCCACCAUCGAUCGCAAGCUUGCUUCUUCGAGUCCUUUGAAGCCGGACUCUAACCCUGCGAACCCUCGUUACUACAACGCCGACGAGUUCAUCGCGGAUGUGCGUCUGAUCUUCAGCAACUGUCUCACCUUCAACGGCCCGGAGCAUGCCGUCAUGCUCAUGGGAAAGCGGGUCGAAGCCGUCUUCGACAAGCAGAUCAAGCAGAUGCCUCCUGCAGAGGAGCGAAAGCCCGUCAUCGUCAAGAAGGUAGCCACCCCCCCUCCACCCCCUCCAGCGAAGAAAGUUGCUGCUGCCCGCCGCCCGUCCGUGAAUGUUCCCGUGAUCCGUCGCAACGACGAGAACGUCGGUCGUCCGAAACGGGAAAUUCAUCCACCACCCCCCAAGGACCUCCCGUACGCCGAUAUUCCGAAGAAGACACGAAAGGUCAAGCGCGCAAAGAACGAUGCGCACGCCGAACAGCUGAAGUUCUGCGACAAGCUUUUGAAGGAUCUGCAACGGAAGAACCACUAUUCGAUUGCGCAUCCGUUCUAUGAGCCAGUCGAUUAUGUUAAAAUGGAAAUUCCGAGCUAUCCGAAGGUCAUCAAGAAGCCCAUGGACCUUUCUACGAUGAGGAAGAAACUUCAGAACGGGGAGUAUCUGACUGCGGAGAAGUUCCGGGACGACUUCAAGCAGAUGAUCCGCAACUGCGCGACUUUCAACCCUCCGGGCAAUCCGGUCCACGAGGCGGGCAAGUCGUUUGACCGCCUCUUCGAUGAGAAGUGGGCGAACCUCCCUUCAUUGCAUUCUCACGAGGUGUCGGAGGAUGAGUACGACGAUGACGAAGAGGAUAGCGAGGACGAUCGUGCUCGCAUGAUUGCCACCAUGGAGAAUCAGAUCCAGACCAUGAAGAGUAGUCUUGAUUCGCUCAAGAAGAAGGGCAAGGAGCUGAAGAAGAAGGAAAAGAAGAAAGAGAAGGCUGUACCCCCGGUCGCGAGUACCUCGAAACAUGCGAGCAAGCCGGGCAAAGCUGCAGCAUCAAACGGCCGGAAGAAGGGCAAGAAGCCCAUUACCGACGACGACGUCCUGUCAUUCGAGCAGAAGAAGGAUCUCAGUGAUACCAUCAGCAAGCUCGACGGUGCGAAGCUCGAGAAAGUCAUUCAGAUCAUCCAUGACGGCGUGCCGGAGAUCCGAGACAGCACCGAAGAGAUCGAGCUCGAGAUCGAUCUUCUUCCAGCCUCUGUUCUCACGAAGUUGUACAACUUCGUCAUCCGACCCAUGCGGACACCUGCAACGAAACGGAGUCGCACAGGGAAGGGUACCGGAACAGGAGGCUUGAAGCGGAAGAGCAUGGAUGAAGAUGUGGAGGCGGCGAAGAUUCGAGCGCUGGAGGCCAGGAUGAAGCUCUUCGAGGGUGGUCAGGCGGGCGCUAGCGACGUCGCGCCUGGGGAAGAGAGCGAGCACUCCUCUGCGGAGUCUAGCUCAGAGAGCUCUGCCAGCGACUCGGAGUAG